GCGAGAGCGUUUAAAAUCGAAGUUUUUGAAUGGCCGCUUACUUAAAGCAUUUCCAAAGGAGCUUUCCUUUCCAUCUAGGACUGCUGAAAUACACUUUAUGAGACUGAAGUGCGAUAAUCCUCCUUUGUAUAGUAAUCUGUUUAAAAGGAAGUGUCUUUCUUCUCCACUUUGUCCUACCUGUCGGACCAACCAAACGAUACAACAUUGUUUAUAAACGGGCAAGAAGACAACUGAGGAAGAAAUUGAGCUUUCUAACUCGGUUUGACGUUAAGACAUUGCUAUUGUAUGAGACUGAUAGAGAUGAAGACCAGAGAUUGAUUAUUUUCAAUUCGGUCGUUGAAUUUAUUGAGAAGACGAGGCGUUUUUUAGUUCUCGACUUUCGCACUUUUCGUUUUUCAUUUUUAUUAUUGAUUAUUGUUUAAACUGGCCCCGAAACUCUCGAGUGAUUUACCCCUAUCCCUUCUUGUUUUUCCGUAUCUUCUUCACUGCUUUCUUCCAUCUUUUCUUUUCUUUUUUUUUUUAUUUUGCCUUUUCCUUAAUUUGCUAUGCCCUGUAUGGCUUCGGCCGCUUGUGCUACUCUCCAUUCUCUAAUAAAAGUUUAAACUAAAAGUCGCAAAGUUGCAAAGUUUCAUCACCUAUAUUUCCGUGGAGGAUUAGGGGAUUGAGAGGAUUGAAAAGUUGCAAAGUUUCAUCACCUAUUUUCCCGUGGAGGAUUGAAAGGAUUGCAAUGUUACAAGGCUUCAUCACCUAUAUUUCCGUGGAGGAUUGGAGGAUUGAGCGGAUUGAAGAGUUGUAAAGUUUUAUCACAUAUAUUUCCGUGGAGUAUUGAGAGGAUUGCAAGGCUGCAAGGUUUCAUCACCCAUAUUUCCGUCGAGGAUUGGGGGAUUGAGAGAUUGAAAAGUUGCAAAGUUGCAUCACCUAUAUUUCCGUGGAGGAUUGGGGGAUUGAGAGGAUUGCAAAGUUGCAAAGUUUCAUCACCUAUAGUAAAUUUGUUAUAAAAAUUGGUAUUAGGAAACGUAUUGAAAAUUUAAUAUCGCUAUUAAAGUUAAAGAACAAACAACAUAAUCCAUCAACAACAAUAGUUAAUGAUGAUGAAAAUACGUUAUAUCAGUCAUUAUUUUCAUUGUAUUUAGAACAGAAUCAAAAAGCUAUUGAAUCACCAAAACCAUUUUUAUUUACAUCAAUUGAUAAUAUAACAAAAAAUAUGCAACAAUCAAAAAAUAAUUAUCGUUAUAAUGAACAUGUCCAGAGAUUUUCAACAGCAUUAUUUAUAUUAACUGGUCGAAAUGGUUAUGAUUUUAUUAGAAUG